AUGGGAUGUCUGGGUUUGGCUGACAAACAUUAUGUCAAAACACCAGAGAUUAUACAAGAAUUAUGCGGACAACGGAUCCAACAAUUCAUCAAUGGCUGGGACUUUGUGUUGGCUAUCGAUGGGGACAACCAUUUGGGGAGACAAUGCUGGGGAGAGUUAGGUAGGGAUCUGGAUCUGGAAAAAAGACAAUUAUGGAAAAUUCCCGAUUUGAAUGACAAGAAUAUAACACAAAUCAAUUGCUCUGAUCAUUGCUCACUGGCCCUCACGACCGAUGGUCAGGUGUACGGGUGGGGCAAUUCAACAAAAUCAGGACAUAAUUCGUGUGAAAGUCAUUACAAAAGUCUGUUCAUUGAGUUGUCGGCCAUAGGAAAGGGAAGUUUUGGGACUGUGUUCAAAGUGAAGAAUAGAAUCGAUGAUCAGAUAUAUGCCAUCAAGAGAGUCGUUCGUUCAGAAUAUUGUGUUCAAUAUUACAAUUCAUGGACCGAAAGCAAACACCUCUACAUUCAGGUGGAGUUCUGUUCACAAAAUCUGCGGAAUAUUCUUGAAGUGAAACCACAAAUAUUUGGGCGACAAAUUGGAGAAGCCAUGGAUUUUGUCGAGUAUUUUAUUUCAUGUGAAAUAUUCCAUCAGGCCUUAGAAAGUGUUGAGUAUUUGCAUGAAUUGAAUCCACAGAUCAUUCACAGAGACCUUAAAUCAGAAAAGAUAUUAAUGACUGAAAAUGUAAGGAACGGUAGAUUUGUUAAGUUAUGUGACUUUGGAUUAGCUGUAGAGCACAUGACUGCAUCUCAGAGUCACUCUAAAAAUAAGGGAACUCCUAAAUACAUGGCCCCAGAAUUGCAUCAAUCAAAGUAUACGACAAAAGCAGACAUUUAUAGUUUGGGUAUAAUUUCUAUGGAAUUGUUUGAUAUAACCUUAGACCAGAGUGAACUUAACAAAUACAAAAACACUUUUUAG